AUUAAACUCUGAUUGAGCUUACUGCGUGGAAAUAAAGUACAGAUUUUACCACCAACAGCAAUACACUUUCACAGCUGAAACAGACAACAUUUACCAUGUGCAAUAACGGAGAGAAAAUUACUGAGAUGUACGCAAUAACAGUCUUGCUCAGUGUGUGGAUGCAGCUGACCAGUGCAAUCAGUAUCCAGCCAAUACCUCAGUAUCCUGUAGUCGGUCAGUCAGUCACCCUCAGUGUUACUGGGAUCAAUGGGAACAUCUGGCAAUUCUUCUGGUAUAAAGGACUAAUCAUAAACACUGAUAAUCACAUCCUCACAUAUACUCCAGAUGUAUACCCUCCACAGAGUAGAGGAAGACAAUAUUUGUCUCGGACCAGCGGGCUCCCCAAUGCCUCUUUAAAGAUCACUGAUCUGCAGUUUACAGACCAAGGAAUGUACACAGUAUAUAUACAGGCAGAUGGAGGACCACAGAAAGCCUCAUUGAACCUGACUGUAUACAACAUUGGGUUUUUCAUACCACAAGGCCUGAAUUCCUGUCCUGCAUUCAGUCCACAAUCUAUAGCUGGAAUAAUUGGUGGUACUGUGUGUGGAAUUGUAUUAAUUAUUAGUGUAACUGUCCUGCUGUACAAAAGAUGCAUACUGCUGGACAGAGAAAGUAAGCAAGGAUGCUCCACGUGCAGGAAAGAUCCAUCUCCACUCUAUAAUAAUGUGCUUGAUAUUGGAAAGGAUCCCCUGUCCAAUGAAGGUCCAGUCUAUAUGAUGGCAACAUUAUAGUUGGAACAUUAUGAAACCAGAUGUUGCGUAUCAUGACACCGCAAUUCCGUUAACACUGCUAGAGACUUAUGGGGAUCGUUAUUUAUAACACUCUAUUAUGGACUAUUAUUACCUUUGCCUGCUGGAGAUUUGAAUGGGAGUGACCUCUGACAAUUAUACUGACAUCAUCAAUGCGAGAUGAUGGGAGACCCUAAAGGCACCAAAUCUUCUGUGAAUAAAGGGGUAAUAAAAUGAUUAGCCGAUGGAGAUCUGAACCAACUUAGGAAGACUUUUUUUUUUUUGCGUGAAAUGCAAAUUUUAUUUUACAUCAACUACUUUUGUGUAAUAAAUUGUUCAUACCAGCCAUGUGACUGGAAUUCAGCAGUUCUUUUGAAGAUCAUCAAAGAACAAGUGAAAGCUGAAAUCUAUAUCAGUGUAUCUGCUUCUGGCUAAUGAGUAUGCUGGUCUAUCAAUCCAUUGUGCCAUUAUAGUUUAGCCAACUUAUAAAAGCUCAUUAGGAUGUCACUGACCCUUUGGGAGAUUCCACUCUAUCUUUUUAUAUAAGAACUGCGCAAUGAAAUGCUUUUGCAUAUCUUUAUAUAUAUCUAUAUACUUCAUUUGUAUAGUAAUUUCUAAUUAAUUAUUGUAAUUUUUGCCUAUUGCAUGGGUUUAUAUAUGCAGUUUAACUUGCUGUACUAGACAGGACAUUUAACUUUUUCAUGCUAUGGAAUAUUAACUAGAGAUGAAUGUAUUACUAUGUGAUUGUAUAAUAUAUUACUGCAACUUUAAAUCCUGAUCCUAUACUUGAGUAGACUCCAUGUCUUGUUUUUAGAUGUCACUUAUAAAUAUGUUUUAACAUGUGAUUGUAAUCUUUAAUUAACUUAAUUGGUUUUGGGGUUAUUUAAACACUGCUGUUAUGCCGUAUCCCUUAUGCAUGAUUAAGGCUCUCAGGAGCCGAAACGUCACACUUAUUCUG